GAGCGCGGAAGCAAGAUGGCCACCACCAAGCGUGUGCUGUACGUGGGUGGGCUGGCAGAGGAGGUGGACGACAAAGUGCUUCAUGCUGCUUUUAUCCCUUUUGGAGACAUCACAGAUAUUCAGAUUCCUCUGGAUUAUGAAACAGAAAAGCACCGAGGAUUUGCUUUUGUUGAAUUCGAGUUGGCGGAGGAUGCUGCAGCAGCUAUUGACAACAUGAAUGAAUCUGAGCUCUUUGGACGGACAAUUCGUGUCAAUUUGGCAAAGCCAAUGAGGAUUAAGGAAGGCUCCUCCAGACCCGUGUGGUCGGACGAUGACUGGUUGAAGAAGUUUUCUGGGAAGACUCUCGAAGAGAAUAAAGAGGAAGAAGGGUCGGAGCCUUCCCAGGUGGAGACCCAGGAGGGAGAGCCCGCUGUGAAAAAGGCCCGGUCAAACCCUCAGGUGUACAUGGACAUCAAGAUUGGGAACAAGCCAGCCGGCCGCAUCCAGAUGCUCCUGCGUUCAGAUGUUGUUCCCAUGACGGCAGAGAAUUUCCGAUGCCUGUGUACCCACGAGAAGGGCUUUGGCUUCAAGGGAAGUAGCUUCCACCGCAUCAUCCCACAGUUCAUGUGCCAGGGCGGCGACUUCACGAACCACAACGGCACUGGGGGCAAGUCCAUCUACGGGAAGAAAUUCGAUGAUGAGAACUUUAUCCUCAAACACACGGGACCAGGCCUGCUCUCCAUGGCCAACUCCGGCCCAAACACCAAUGGCUCCCAGUUCUUCCUGACGUGUGACAAGACGGAUUGGCUGGAUGGCAAGCACGUGGUGUUUGGGGAGGUCACAGAAGGCCUGGAAGUCUUGCGGCAGAUUGAGGCCCAGGGCAGCAAGGAUGGGAAGCCAAAGCAGAAGGUGAUCAUCGCCGACUGUGGGGAGUACGUGUGAGUCGGCGCAGUCUCGGCUCUGCCCCUGCGCAUCCGGGAGCCGUCAGCCUGGGAGCCAGCACCUGCGCGUGUCCGUCCCCUCUGCGGCGAGCAGGGGCUUGUGCUGUGGCCCUUCUCGGGGUCAGCUCGCAGCAGCUCUUCUCAGGUACGGCCUGGGCUCCCUCUGGCUCUUUGCCAGGCGUGGCCGUGGGCCCGGGAGCUGUCACAGGGGCCGCCUUCCCCACCGUGGAUGCACUGUGCGUGGCCUUUUCCGGGCCUUUGCUGCCACGGCUUCUCCUAGGCCCGCCACUGUGGCGCCCGGACGUUUCUUCUGGUAAAAUAAACCCUAGUUCUUGUACUGCCGCGUCCAGCUAGUUCUAGGAGUGGUCAGAGAUUGCGUCUGUGGCUAAGGGUCCUGCCGAAUUAGGCUGGCAAAGGGAUGGGGCAUAGCUUUUCUUUCCUCCCUUGGGUGGUUCCCUGAGAUGCCAAGUAAUACAUACUCGAGCCAGGUACCCUUGUCAGAUCAUUGUCAGGACGGUGGAAAUCAAAGAUAGUGGAGACGUUCCUGCCUUCUGCUGCCUCUGCCCCUGAACUCAUGCUGGCCAGUAUCAUAGGCAGCAAGUAUAGUUAUCACUCUCAGUGAUGCAUUUGUCCAUUUCUUCACAUUCACUCUACAGAAUUUUUUAAGUAAGCUCUGUGCCCAAUGUGGGGCUUGAACUCCCAACCCGGAGGUCAAGAGUCACAUGCUCUCAGACUGAGCCAGCUGGGUGUCCCCGGUGUACAGAAUUUUUCACACGGUAUUUUAUAACUCAUAAUGCCUUCUCUGUGCCACAUACUGUGCUUAUUUGUCUGGAGACAGGAUGUCACUCAACUACAUGCAUCUAAUCCAGCCUGCUGCCUUUUUUGUGCAUGAAGUGAUUGGAACACAGCCACAUCCAUCUGUUUAUAUAUUAUCUGUGGCUGCUUCCCUGUCACAGGGACAGAGCUGAGUAGUUGGUGACAGAUACUGUAUGAUCCCCAUGUGAGAACUCUCCAGAGAAACAGACCAAUAGGAUGUGUGUAGAUAUGUGUAUACAGAGAGAAAGAUUUAUUUUAAGGACUUGGCUUCGUGAUUGUGGGGCUUGCAAGUCAGAAAUCUGUAGGGCAGGCAAGCAGGCUGGGACCCAGGGAAGAGUUGAUGCUGCAAUUCAAGUCUGAAGGCUCUCUAGAGGCAGAAUUCCUCCUUCUGGCAACCUCAGUCUUUUCUCUCUUAAAGGCCUUCAACUGAUUGAAUGAGGCCCACCCACCUUUUGGAGGGUAAUCUGCUUUACUUUCAGCCUGUUGCUUUAAAUAUUAAUUACAUCUGAAAAGUACCUUCACAGCAGGAUCUGGACUGGUAUUUGACCAAAAACUGGCGUGGUGGCCUAACCAGGUUGAUACAUAAAAGUAAACAACACAUCCUCAAAGCCUAAAAUGUUUAUGACAUGAACCUUUGCAGAAAAAGUUUGCUGAGGGCUUAAGCAAAUGGUCCCACCCCAUGCUGAGCUCACAGUCUGGUCCCCCUAAUGCAGCCACUGCUUGGACCUCAGUUCAGGCUCACUUCUUCCAUGCUUAUUAAGGUGGCUUUCAAGCAUCCCUCACCUGCCAAAGGCCUGAGCAGGGACUGAGCCUGUGGCCACUAGGCACCUCUCUGGUUGGGUUACUAUGACCAUUCAGCAUCCAUGGGGCUGGGCUUUUUCAUCUUGAGUUGAGAUCUGGACGCGCCUGGUGCCUCCCGGCCCUGGUGACCCCAGGUAGCCCCUGUGGGGGACGAUGGCCUGCUAGCUCUUCCUCUGGCUUCUGUGUGCCCAGUGGACUCCCAGCCCUUGGCUGAGCUCCUGCUUGGGGUCUGUCUCCUUGUGGCUAGGAUGCACCACAUGGUUACCCUUGACCCUACAGAGCUCCCAAAAGAGAACUUUCCUCAAAGCACAGGCCCCCACUCUGAGGGCAAACUAUGGCCAUCACAGGUCAGUCACCAGGAAAGGAUGUGUAUAAAGGGCGUAGCACAGCCAGCUCCCAAGAGGGGACUGACUCCUGUGAUGACCUUGUUGCUUUCGAUUGUCUCCUGGUAGCACCCACAUGUGUGCCAGUGCGCCUCCCAGUGCGUUACAGAGUGUCUGCCUCUGUUAUCCCUGUAUUCAGGGCAGAGCCCUAUACAGAGGUAAACCAGGGCCUGGGUGACAGGGCUACAAAGUCCCAGAGCAGGGCAGAGCGGGGAUAGGAAGCUCAGCCUGUCUCCCCCUAGUUAAAUGGGGUCCUCAGAGGCUUACUGGGCUCUAGCCUCAGCCUGUGGCAGGGGGCCCAAGGCCCUCGGGGGAGACACAGUCAUGGCCCCUGUAAUUUAAUUGGUCUGGACCCUUUGGGGAGACCCAAGGAAACAGGGCUUUUCCCUGCCAGACAGGAGGGGCUCCAGAGCCUGGGGAGCAGUGGCCUGGCUGCCUGAUUGGGCUACUAAGAGCAUACCACCAAGCCCAUCACUUGGGAAGGCUCUAGUCCAUCGGAAUUGUACCCAGGGGUGCCCUGCGGCCUUCCUGGGUCUGCCGGGCUCCCGUCCGAGGUAGCCUCCUGGUCUGCGUGUGCACUGCUUCAGCCCCAGGACCUCAAACAGGGCUGGGUUUUGCCAGUGCAUGGACUCCUUCAGGUUGUGGCCCCAGAGUUGGUCCUGCAGCUGCUAGGGUUCCCUCUUUGACAGCAUGUCAGGCCUCGGGUGCGGCUGGCUCUGAUGUCACAGUCCCCAAAAGCCUGCAGCGACACUCCAGGAAGGGAUUGGGGACCUACUUUUUAGUUGUGAACACAGUCCUGUAGGCUGUGGGUGUUAAAAACCUAGAAAGUCAUGUUUUCAAAAAAUAUUUAUUAACAGGAAAAUUUUUACUACAUGAUAAAGUGGGAAAAGCAUCUUUCAAAGCAAUUUAUAUAAUAUGGUAUGAUCCCAAGUUUGUAAAAAUACGUAUCUGUACCAUGUAAACAUCUAUAUAUGUGUGUCCUAAGAAAAAAGCCUAGAAAUAAAUUCACCAAAAUAAUUGUUUGAGUCCUACAA